AUGAGCCAGACAGCAGGUUUUCACUACUACUGUACUUACUCCAACUACUACUGUACUUACUCCAACUACUACUGUACUUACUCCAACUACUACUGUACUUACUCCAACUACUACUGUACUUACUCCAACUACUACUGUACUUACUCCAACUACUACUGUACUUACUCCAACUACUACUGUACUUACUCCAACUACUACUGUACUUACUCCAACUACUACUGUACUUACUCCAACUACUACUGUACUUACUCCAACUACUACUGUACUUACUCCAACUACUACUGUACUUACUCCAACUACUACUGUACUUACUCCAACUACUACUGUACUUACUCCAACUACUACUGUACUUACUCCAACUACUACUGUACUUACUCCAACUACUACUGUACUUACUCCAACUACUACUGUACUUACUCCAACUACUACUGUACUUACUCCAACUACUACUGUACUUACUCCAACUACUACUGUACUUACUCCAACUACUACUGUACUUACUCCAACUACUACUGUACUUACUCCAACUACUACUGUACUUACUCCAACUACUACUGUACUUACUCCAACUACUACUGUACUUACUCCAACUACUACUGUACUUACUCCAACUACUACUGUACUUACUCCAACUACUACUGUACUUACUCCAACUACUACUGUACUUACUCCAACUACUACUGUACUUACUCCAACUACUACUGUACUUACUCCAACUACUACUGUACUUACUCCAACUACUACUGUACUUACUCCAACUACUACUGUACUUACUCCAACUACUACUGUACUUACUCCAACUACUACUGUACUUACUCCAACUACUACUGUACUUACUCCAACUACUACUGUACUUACUCCAACUACUACUGUACUUACUCCAACUACUACUGUACAUGUGUCACCACAACCACAAGCCAUGAGAUACACCUAAUGCUUUAG